GUGGAACUACCCUCAUCUCCGCGGCUGGGCCGUAGGAAAAGCGCAAAAGCCCGUGAUAUAAAUUUGGUCUGACGAAAUUGCCCUUUUCCGUCCACGCGACGCACCCACCUCGUAACGAAACGCAGGCGGCUCACGCCAGGACGCCACCACACGCGACAAAGACAAGGCCAAAACGGGCACGAGCUCAAUAGCUCAUGUCGGAGAACGAUCAUUACUGUUCUUCCGAGACUCCAAACCUCGCGUUCUCGAAUCCCUAGGGUUCGAGAAGAAGACCGGGGGGAGGUGAUUUCUUUGAAGUUUGUAUAAUUGUUUAUGAGGUGAUGGAGGUCAGUGUCUCUGAUUCGAAUCCCUUCUCCGUCUCCUCUGCUGCUGAUGACGGCGACGACAUGAGCGUCUGGAGAGGGACCGAGGAGAGGGAUCAGGUUCGCAUGAAGAUGAAGAGGAAGACCUUGCAGGCUGUGCUUCAGCAGUGCCAAAGGGCUCUCGAAUUGCUGAGUGACGGUGGCGGUGUCGGUGGUGACGACAGCGACGGCGCCGACGACGUCGCGGAGGUCGGGGAGGGGGAGAGAGGCGAGGGCUCGUCGUCUGGGUGCGGUGAUCGAGAGACUGAUGAGGUAAUAGAGCUGUGUGAUCUUCUCAAAUCUAGAGUUGAAUGCCCUGACUUCCUUGAAAAGCUGGAGAAUGCCCAAGUGCCAGUACCACAAAAUAUGGCUGAAGAAGGCAGUUCUUGGGACAUGGUCAGUGAGAAUGAGCUUUCGGAAGGUGAAAAUAUAGAUUCAGAAGAUUAUGUUCUUGUUAGGCAAGAAGAUAUAGUAGAUGGAAUCGCAUCCUUCAUGGCUGCAUAUCUUUUAUCCUUUAAGCAGACAAAGGAAUUGACCCCUAAUCAACUCCAGGAAGCUCUGAGCAAGACAUUCUCUGUAAAAAAGAAGAAGGGAAAACUUCGCAAAGCAUGGGAUGGAAGCAAAGUCAUAUAUAAUGUGGCGUCCUGGGGAGCAACUGCCAUUGGGAUAUACCAGAAUCCAGUACUUUUCAAGGCUGCCACCACAGCUUUCUGGACUUCUUGCGAUGUUAUAUCAAAGCUUUUAUGAUGGGCCAUGGCUACUUGCUGGAGGUCUGAAAUGCUUGGGGUCCUUUAUGUUUGAUUGUUACUCUGCUUUGUUGAGUCAAAGCAGCUUGGUGUAACAAGACCUCUGAGAAGUUAGUUGCAUUUUUUUUCCCCUUUUUUAGUUUUUUGGGGUGGGGAGUUUGGGUUUCAGAAUACAAAUCAAUUAAUUCCUCUUGACAUAAUUUAAUCUUGUAAAAAUAUUUCUUCCCCUAGCUAAGUGCUUCCGUGUCCGUGUCGGUACAAUUCAUUUGAUAUCUAGUUAUGAUUUUUUAGGCUU